AUGAAAAAACAAAACAUUGGAUCUAUUGAUUUAACGAAGAAUGAAGUAACAAAAAUAGCCACAAUUUGUAUCAAUAAUUAUAACAAACGAAAUGCAAUGAGUGUUUCAAUGAUCAAACAAUUUGAUGAAGUGAUCACAGAAUUGCAAGAAUGGUAUUCUGGAAAAUUUAUUAUAAUUAUUGGCAAAAAUGGUUUUUUCUGUUCGGGAGCCGACUUGGAUUUUGUCAGAAAUAAUUGUCAAAAUUUUGAUUCUGGAUAUCAAUAUUCAACAUCAAUGCACUCACUUCUUGCACGCCUUCAAUCACUACCACUGCUAACUGUGGCUGCAAUUGAUGGACAAGCAUUAGGUGGUGGCGCAGAAAUUGCCACCGCAUGUGAUAUACGAGUUAUGACCAGAAAUGCUAAAAUCGGUUUUAUUCACAUAUUAGUUGGUGUGACUACCGGUUGGAGUGGAGGCACACGAUUAACACGUUUGCUGGGAUGUCAUAAAGCAUUAGAUCUAAUGAUGUCGGGAAAGGUAUUAUCCGCUGAACAAGCAUUUGAUUUGGGACUUAGUAAUCAUAUUUUUAAUAAUAUUCACUCUAACGAGCAGUUUAUUGAGCAAAUUGCUAAAUGGCUUAAUAAUGAUCUUAAUAUCAAUGAUAGAAAUAAUAGAGUUUGCGCCGAAUUGUUGUAA